ACAAGGCUCGAAGCAGUUCGAAAAUCAUUCCUAUUUCUAUCUUUGUGUCGAGCACAUGUUCCAGUCAAAACAAAAAAAAGCUGCCUUUAAUCAAUAAUAAUCGAUUCUUUGAUAAUGUCCAAGUUCAAUGUUUGGCUGAUCUUCUGGUGUGCUGUGAUGAUGAUGCAGCCUUGGAUGGGCCAGAGCCAUGUCCUGUCUGCGGAUGCGGUCAAUGCCACAGCUGUGUAAUCCACUUUUGGCUUAUUGAUGGGAGAAGCAACAACCGCGAAAACUACGGCCACUCCCCAGGCAGUGGUAAAGUCAUCCACUCGCCAAGAUGCUUCCAAGGAAAUCGUCGCGGGAGCUCCUGCAGUCACCCCCACAACAGACCCAGUGACGCCCAGUCGGACCCAUAAUCGAGAAGACACGAUUGGGAUCAUCAAUUGGACUGAUCACGGGCUUACUGUCCGGCUUGCAUCGCACCACCAUGAUGGAUGAUAGCGUGCAACAGGAACUCGACUAUCAACCGCAAAUGGUGCCCCAGCGUAUGGCCGAAGAUUUCCUCUUGAACGAGCCCGAAAAUGAUCCGCACGGCGGUCUCACUAUGACCUCGUACAAGUACCGUUGCAUGCACACGUCUUCGCCAGUUCUACCGCCGAUAUUCAUCAUGUUGCAACAGCUGUUGCAGCCCAGCCCAAUGAUGGAGACGGCCACUAAGAUGCACCACAGCCCCAUGACAUCACCACUGUUUGAGUUACUCAAUGACGUCGAAGGCAUGACGCUGCAGAAUAUUCCCAAUGUUAUCGACCAUCUGCUGGCGAAUCGUUUGGUGCUCGCGAGUGGUAUCCAACUGGAUAACAAGGACAAGAAGAUCACGCAGAAGGAUGACGAUGUCACCAAGAAUGACGAGCCCAAGAAGGAAGCUGCUGAAGUCGCACCCACUCACGAUAAGGACGAAAUCGUUCUCGUGUGUCCCGUACACCGUGAGCACCAUGCCAAUCACAAUAGCGAGGUAGUUGACGAUGACCAGUGCCACGUUGUAUAGGUCUGUAGAUCGAGGUAGACAUAGUA